AUAAUCGACGGAAAAAUAAUCCAGAAAUAUUUUCGGUGUAUGAUUUGCGUAAAUGGUGUAAUGAUCAUAAAGAUGGUGGUGAUUCAUCACAUUCAACAUUUGUACCAUAUUAUUCGAUUGAUAAUGUCGAUAAUAUUUUUGUAUUAUUUACAACAAAACAAUUAAUACAACAAACCCAAUUUACAACUUUGUUACAAGUAGAUGCUACAUACAAAAUUACAUGGAAUGAAUUGCCGUUAUUAGUGUUUGGAGCAUCUGACGCUGAUCGUCAUUUCCGUCCGUUUGGCAUUGCUUUAGUGUCUAGUGACGAAAGUUCAGCAUGUUAUGAACAAUUAUUUAAUCAACUUCGACUUAUAUCAGCACAAGAAUGUAAUCGUCCAUAUUUAGUUAAUUAUUUAAUGGCUGAUGGUGCAUUAGGGAUAGCAAGUGCUCAACAGGCAGUUUUUCCACAAUCAAAACGUUUAAUGUGUUGGGCACAUGUCAUUCGUAAAUGCCGAGAGCAUAGAAAAUUGGUUCCAAAAGAUAAAUGGAAUGAUAUAGAUGCUGAUAUUCAUGCUCUACAAUUGAGUUUUUCCGAUGAUAUAUUUAGUCGUGGUUCAUUAUUAUUAACGCAAAAGUGGAGUGCUGAUUCAGCUAUUCAACAAUUUCAACAAUAUUUUUUUGAUCAAUGGAUUACAAAAUUACCGCUAUGGUAUGAAGGUGCAGCAUUCAAUCUACCCUCAACGAACAAUGGCUGUGAAUCAUUAAACGGAAAGAUUAAACAACAAUAUACACUUAGAAAUAAAUUACAUUUAUCAUCGUUUUUACCAAAGGUGGAACAAAUGUUAAACGAUUGGUCGACAGCUACUUUAUCACAAGGUUUUACCAUCAAAACUUCUAUAUCAUCUACUUUAGAGGUAGCCGCAUUCAAAUGGUCAAAUGAUAUUGAUAAAACUAAUAUUUUACAUUGGUUUGAUACAUGGUAUAUUGUUCCAUCAUCGAAUGCAAUAAUAACACCAGUAGUUUGGUUACAAAUGUAUCAAUUACAACAAUGGAAAUCAUUUGAUGAAUUCGUUAUGUGGCAGAAAUCUUGUUGGUCGGUUUCACCACUUAAUUCAUGUACAUGCCCAAGUAGUAGGAAAUUAUAUUCAUGUAAACAUUCGGUUGGCUUAGCCAUAUUAUUUAAGAUUUAUGAAAUACGUGAUAAAACUCGUUGUGAACUUUUAGGUAAACGACGAGGAAAAGGUAGAUCAAAAAAGGUUCGAUCUGCUUUGAUGUUAUAAACCAGUUGCUGUUUAUGUCGAACUGUUGUUCAUUGUAUUCACUAUGUUGCAUGUGAUGAAUUACCACCAUCUUUAAGAUUCAUUUGGCGACUAAUUGUUCUUGUUCCUUGUAAAAACAUAUCUUCUUUUUUGGUGCUCAUUUGUCUUAUCACUAAUUUGGUGCUCAAAAGUCUUCUUUUUUGGUGCUCAUUUGUCUUAUCACUAAUCUGGUGCUCAAAAGUCUUCUUUUUUGGUGCUCAAAGUAAAUACCGUCCGUAGUUUCGCUAAAUUUUGUUACAUAUGAUACACUAUGUCU